UGAUAUAAUAUUAUAGGUCAUGCCAUAUGGAAAAACUGAUAAGAAAGCACAUAAUUCAGUUGUCUAACAUUACACAAUGUUUAAACUGUGGAUAGUUUUCAUUUUGAAUUUGUAUUGUUAUCCCAUAUACGCUAAUACCUGUGCUGAGGAUCAUCAUGAACUUCGAAAAAUCACUGACAUGCUCCAUUCUCUUACAGAAAAGGUAAACAGCCAGGAACGUGAAAAUCAAGACCUGAGGACUCGACUGGCCAAAUCUGAGGACGAAAUACUGGAUAUGAAAAGAAAGUUGGACACACUGGAAAAUCUUAAUUCUAAACCCGAAAGCGUUAACUGGCCCAAAGAAGAAAUCCUAUCCCAAGAAGCAUCACCUUUUCAGGAUAACAACACGACCAAUGUUAAGGCGAGAGAAGUCCAUCAGGCAAAACAAGUGCAUGAAUCGGCUUCUCUAAGAGUUUCAUCUGGUGUUGUGGCGUUCUACGCUUACAUGAGCCAUAACGAGCCAAAUCCUGGUCCCCAUCACACAAUUAUUUUUGACGUACCAGUUACCAACCUGGGUAACGGCUAUAAUCACUUUAGUGGCACUUUCAGCGUUCCCUCCUCAGGGGUAUAUGUCUUCUCUUGGACAAUUACUUGUUCCCCUCGUGGAUACGUUUACACCCAGCUUGUCGCCAAUGAUGGUGUUCUAGGGACUAUGUUAACCAACAGUCAAACUACUGAUGAUUGGAUCCAAACGACUAGUCUCGUGGUGAAGGAGCUCAAUCAAAAUGCCGUGAUCUACGUCCGUACAAACCCCGCGUAUAGUGUUGUUGGAGAUAUCAAGUCAUCCUUUACACAUUAUCGAACUUCAUUUAGUGGAUGGAAACUUCAAUAAUGUCAACGAAAUCUUAAAAUGCCAACAGAUUCACUGACGUAUAUAACGAUGGCAGUAAAUGUUUAAAUUGGAUUACAUUCUUAGAAACACAAUAAAAUGUAUCGAUAUUU